UUUACUUGUCACGUCAUUAUAUAAUACAACAAAGCCUUGUAGAGUCCUCAAGCGCCGUCGAUACAGAUGACAUAAAACAAGUUCUGAGCAGGAUGCUUUCAUUUUCAAUACGCUGCCCCCUCUGGAGCUCGCCUCGUUUGCGAUGUCACUGAAACGAAAAGAGGUCGUCCGUUCGUGUUUGCGCCAGCCAUGGCGCAUCAGCCAACAAUGAGCGGCGUGCCAGCGCUAGCGACCGCGCUAUAUCCAACUCUACAUACGUAACAGAUAGCCGCGUGCUGGCUGUAGGCGGCACGUAUUGCAUGCGUGCUCGCUGCUGACUCCGUGCCGCCCGCGCGGCGUGUUGUGCGCGCGGGGCGUCGCACUCGCCUCAGUGACCUCACUGCGCAGGCGACCACACCACCUAAAUAUGACCUAAGCGCGAAGCAUUGUUUCUUUUGUUUGCAGUAUUCAUGAAACAUUUUCCGUUUAAUUGCAGUAUCUGGAUCGUGGUUCUGACGAGUGCCAUUACUGUGUAACAAACAAUUAACUGCGUUUCGCGUUCACCUCGAGGGUUACACUGUACAUCUACAUACUCGGAGUAUGCUACAGCAGAUGUCCUCGCCGCCGAGCGCACAAGUCGGCGAGGUCGCGACUGUCGUGCGCCACCUUGAAGGCCGCCUCUGCGGCGACGUGUCUUCGGAGGCUUCCUCGGACGCCGCGGAAGAUUCAGAAUUACCACAGUGCAAGAUAAGGAGGAACUAUAUUUGCACAAAGUGCAAGUUCUUUACGCAGAACCCGCGCGCUUAUCUCAUUCACACGCGUGACGCUCACUUUGUCAAACUCAAGAUUUACGAUUGUCCACACUGCAUGUAUGCUUCGAGACAUCAUCAGAAACUUAUGAGACACGUUAAAAUGGUGCACGGAGGUUCAAUGACGCCAUCAGCUGUUAAAAUGGAUUCCGAGUUAUCGCCACCCUCCUACGAAAACAUGGAGCAAGCAGAACGCAUAGAAGACCUUUUAGAGGAAGUCGAGGACUGCGAUGAUUUAAUGAUGGAAGUGGACGAUGACUCCUCGGACCGACCGGACGACGGCGAUGUUGAGUGCGACAGAACGGUCGAUCAAGUAGCGCCAUCAGAAGUGUUGAAAACUAGAGGGAAAUUUUUCUCAUGCGAUAAGUGCAACUAUUUCACUCACAUAAGAGCUAGAUUUACGAAGCACGUCAAGUAUCAUUCGAUGCCUAUGAUCAAGUGUACAAUAUGUGAUUUCCGAACACCAUAUAAGUGGAACUUGGACCGUCACAUGAAGAAUCACGGUGGAAGUGGGAUUUUCAAUUGUUCAAUGUGCAACUUUACGGCGGACAUCAAGCAGAGUCUGACGGUGCACGAAAUGAAUCAUCACACACCGCCAGUGGGCCAAUCGCUGUCGAGUCGCCGCCGCAACCGGGUGGGCGCCAGCGACACGGUUAUCGCGGAGAGCGACGCAGCGAGCGCGUUGCUCCCCAAGGAGGAAGAAGGGAGCGGCGACUCGCAGUCCUCGCACUCGGUCUCGGACAUGGGUCUACAAUACGCAGAGAGGGAUAUCGCGAGCUGCAAAAGCGACUCCAACGAUGCCACGGCUUCAGACACAAAUUCUAAAAAAGACGCAUCGCAGCUGUCGCACGAUGUUUACAACCAGCUAUCACCUAACCUGAGCAAUGAACUACAAAAACAAAGCAGGAAAAUACCCAGGCCAAUACCACAACUAAUACCGUUAAAUACUUCCACUCCCAACCAAAAACCAUGUUCCGGUGAACCACCAAGCAAACGGUUCAAGGAAAAUCCAACAGAUGUGAACGAAAAAGACGAUCUAUCUAGUGAUGCUAUAUUAAUGCCUGUUAGUAGCAAUCCAUCCACGAAGGAAACCACAGGCCGGAAGAAAAAUGAGUCAUUCUUCGACCGAUUAAAAGAAAGGCUGUUAACGGAAACGGGCGAAGAAGGAUCUUUAAUAUGCAAAAUCUGUGGCUUCGAAAGUAAAUGCUUAUCGGAACACUCAGUGCAUGAGAAAAAUUGCUCACCGCUAAGUAAUCGGAUAACUGCGAACACAUCUCUUACUAGUUUAAGCUCCACUCGAUGCCAAAACUGCAGACACAGAUGUAAAUCAAGUGCCGAUUUGUACAUUCACAUGCAAACUUGCGGAAAUAAAAAGGAAGCUGAAAAUGCUGCUCAAAAUCAAGACAGUAACGAUACAAUCAUUCCAAUACAUGAAAAAGAGGCCGAACCACAUCCGAUGGAGAAUGUUGUUUUCGUUUGGAACAACAUAAACCAGGAGACAAAUAAAUUUGAAGUACCUCUAGAUAUAAACAUCAACGAUGAUUCCACACUUCCAGAGUUACAUAGAAGCUUUGAAGCUGAGAUUGUUGACGAGAAUGAGAGCAUGAAUUUAUCGCCGAGCCAAGCGUUUGGACGAAAGGUAUUUAAAUGUCCACAUUGUCCUUUUUUCUCUACAACUGCAUCCAGAUUUCACGUUCAUAUUGUAGGACACUUGAAUAAAAAACCAUUCGAGUGUUCCCUUUGCAAAUAUAAAUCCAAUUGGAGAUGGGAUAUUACUAAACAUAUUAAGUUGAAGUCCGCGAGAGACCCGGAGCACAACGAUGCGAAGGUGUUAAUGACUGACGAAACCGGAAGGAGAAACUAUAGCAAAUAUAACAAAUUCUUAGCUAUGCCGGUUUUAAAUGAAAAUGGUGAAAACGAGUUUCAUUACUUAGAUCCUAAUACAUCUGUAGAUGGCAAUAUGGAUAUGGAUGAAUCUUUCAAUAAUAUCUCAGAUGUUAUGAAUGUACAAUUUGAAAUGCAACCGCUUAACUUACAGACUCAGCACGGCGAGGAUAAGUACGACAGUACGUUUAUUGAUAACAGAAGCAUAAAUGAGUCGAAGAAACCUAAGAAAACGUUGUGGAAAUGUAAAAAGUGUAACUACAAAGACCCAUCAAGAGAAGCGUUGUUGGAGCAUGUCCGCGAACACUCGAGGACGGAUGGCGCGCCCGAAGAGCCGCACAAACCGCCUGUCAACAAGAAAUCAGAAAACACCCCUGAUCCAGCGGACCUGGCGUAUCGCUGCGGCCAUUGUAACCAAUUAUCUAACUGGAAACAUGUCAUACAGCGUCAUUGUCGCUUAAAACACGAUGGUGUCAUAAAAGUGAUAACAACAGUCAAACCAAAACCCGAUCCAGCGCUGAACAUAAAUGACAUCAGCAGCGACACAUGCAACAAGUGUCCGUACAGAUCAACCGACAAGAAGCAACUGAUUGCUCAUCUACAACAACACCAACCCUCCCCGCAUUCCAUAUUCAAAUGUUACUUCUGUCCGUACUUCGUCAAGGAUGAACCAGAGCUAAUCCAACAUCUACUGCUCCAUGGUAUCACAGACCCAGAAGACUACAUAUCAAGAGCAAUGGGCACCAAAUCCCCAGUACCAGAACCGCAAGCAACGACAACACCGUCAACGGGGUCCACUAAGCGCCACAAAUGCACCGAGUGCCCGUACGAAACGAACAGCAAGUCGCAAUUCAUGUACCACGAACAAUUUCAUAGAUUACCGGCAGACACGCCUUAUAAAUGUCCUGAGUGCAACUACAGCGUUUCCAAGAGACAUCUACUGCACCAACACUUGAGAGUACACGGCAUUGCAACUAAACGAAUGGAAUCUGAGGCGGAAUUAGAAGCAUCUACAUCGCUACAAAAUAAAGCAGAUUCCAAAGAUUUUCACAUAAAUCUGGAUGAAACGCCGUAUGUAUGGGUCUCAGCGAAAAACGAAUUUCACAAAAUGUAUAAAUGUCGAUACUGUUCGUACGUCAAUUCCCAAAAGUGUAAGAUCCCGUAUCAUGAAAAAAUUCAUUGCAUUGCAAACAAUGAAGCAACUCUUUACAAGUGCUUUGAAUGCAAAUUCACGUGUGAUAAUGCUGGUAGACUAGCAGAACAUUCCAAAUCUCAUGGCGAAAUAUACGGCCGCAUCUAUUGUCCCGUGGAGGAAGAUGUCCCCGACGAAGAACAAAUUUCUAAAUUAAGAAAAGUUAUAGAAAUGGAAAAAUUAUCAAGCGCUGACGGGUCCUUCAAAGACGAGAAUUCAACAAGUGAAAAUCGUGAAGUAAAGAUAUUAUAUUUUUGUAAAAAGUGCCCAUCGAGGUUCUUUGACGAAAGUGAAUUAUACGCUCAUGACAAGUUUCAUGAUUUAUCUAAUAUAAAUAAAUGCAGGAGUUGUGAAUUUUCAGUCCCAGAAGAUGAUCAAUUGGCAGCUCAUUUUAACGUUCACACAGAUGAAUAUCACACUAAAACGAAGAUGCUUAAAUUCAUUCACAAUUCACAUCCUUCUCACAGAGAGCCCGCCGUAGAACUCGUGCACUGUCCAGCUACUUCAGAAAUCAUGUGGAUAGUGACCAGUCCGAGUACCGAAAGUAUUGUGAAAAAGUCAAAUGACGGUAAAAGUGUGCCAAAACAAUAUUAUUGUAAACAAUGCCCAGCGAAGUUUUUCAAAGCAUCUGCGCUCACUUAUCACUUGGGUCUACAUGGCGGUCAAGGUGAACAUAAGUGUAAGAAAUGUAAUUACGCUGUGAAGAAUAUAGGAAAUCUAGCCAAACAUGAAAUGCUGCAUGAACAUGAAAAUAAGUCAAACAAUUGCGAUUACGAGUCAGGGGAAGACAUGGACUACAAAAAUAUUCCACUAUCAGGUACAGAUUUAUUCCAGAGAAAGACAGAAGCUCAGAAACGUGUCUUAACUGAUAAAGACAAACUUGUAAAGCCAAAUGAUCAUUUCCCACCUGUCUUACAAGCCGAUCCACAGUUCGGUUAUUUAAUGCACGGUAACCCUGAAUUUAUCUAUCCGACAUAUCUGAAAAAUGGACGCCAAAAAGAAAAGCGAUACAAAUGCCACAAAUGUCCGUCAGCGUUUGAAAAAAGAGAACAAUAUAAGAUUCAUCUAUCACUACAUGGAUCCAAACAAAGGUAUAAAUGCGAGUUGUGUGAUUACUCCGUCAAAUAUUAUGCUAACUACGUCCAGCAUAUGAGAAAACAUCAAAUGAACGAUGAAGCGCAGGCCGAGAGAAAGAAGGAAAACAGUGAUUAUGUAGAACCAGAAAAUCAAGAAGAUGUGAAACAAGAUGAUAGUUGUGAUAACAUCAAACUAGCAAUCAAGACAAUGCCCAAAGGAGCGAAGAGUGACUUCCAACAAUUCUCAAUAAGCGAUCAGCAAACUCUCAGACUGUUGCAGAGAAGGCGUUCAAUAAACAGUAACGGUAAGGACACUAGUAAUCCUGAAGCAUCGCCUACAAAAGAGCGUAAAAUGCACAUGUGCUUAUUAUGUCCCUACACUAAUCAGCGUCAGGAUUCUUUAACCAAUCACUACAGAAGACACGGAGACACCGAUUUUAAUGCGGGAACCCAUAAAUGUUCCCACUGUGACCUAGUAGUCGUGCAAUCACAUUUCCUUCGGGAGCAUUUGAGAACGCACUUCAAUUUCCACAAAACACUCAACCCAGAAUGUUUCGCGGCUAACGAGGAUGUUAGCUUUACUAUUACCAGGUUAGAAGAUGACAGUCAGUCAGUUGAUCUCAAGUUAAACAUGCAAAACAAGAGUUUUACGUGUAAUGGUGAAAAAAUAUUUGUGAAAAUUAAAACAGGUGAACUAUUGAUAGAGUAAGGUAAUUUUAUGGUUUUAUAGUAAUUAAAGUUAUAGGUAAUUUAGAUUAGAUAUUGUUUAUAACAAAUAUAGUUUUAGUAUAAGCCAAAUGAAAAAUGUUGAUGUUCACCAAAGCAUAGCUUGCCAUAUUAGAUAUUAACUUCCUGGACAUUUUGGAUAACAUGGGAAAAAAACAAAAAGUGAAAUUAACAAAAAAUUGGGCUGCUUUAGAUUGUAGACAAAUUGUACUUAACAGCUCAUGGGAAAUUAUUUUUUAAAAUGUUACCGAUGAAGUUGUUAUAUUCUGCUUUGAAUCCCUCCCUGUCUGUUGCUUAAAACUCAUAUUAAAGGUACCUGUUGUUACAAGAUAAUGCCUUAAAUUUAUUAAUAGUAGGAAGCAUGAAAACCAUAUGAAAAAAUAAUGGAAAUAAAGGCCAACACGGUUACUUACUCACUUUGUAAUAUUUAUAGACAAUAUCAUUACAGUGUUAGUAAUUUACAAACAUUACAUACACAGAUUUAUAUUUUUAUGCGUCAUGCUGACUUAAACACUGAGAAAUAAUUUAUAUCUACCAUAUUGUAAUAAUGUAAUCAUAGUUAUUUAGUGCCAGUUUUAUAUUAAUCUUUAGGUUUGUCCUAAAGGACACAUUCCUGUUGUGCAGUGUUUUAUAAAUAUAUGAUUAUUCAAUGAAA